AUGGGCCGUUACUGCCAUGUAACGGGAGCCAUUCUUCAUAUAUGGGCCUUUGAUUUAUCUUGGGCCAUAAACCCGGAGACUGCUAUCUCGGACCGGAUUUCUCGGGUAUCUCGACUCUGGCAUUCUGCUCCUGCUCCGAGCGCACGGACGGCGAGCAUGGCGGCGGGGCGGCAGGAAGCCCUGAAACCCUUCGAGGAGAGAGCUUCGGAUGCCGAGGCACGGUUAGCAAAGCUGGAAGCCCUGCUGUUGAGCAAAGAUGGCCUAGGCAGUGGAUCCGAGACAAGUUCAGCUGCCGCCAAAGAUGUUCUGUCAAAGCUUGAUGCAGUCAGUGCAGAAUGCCUUGCUGAGAAGGAGAAGAACAGGAAGCUAACCAUGGAGAACGAGAAGCUCCAGUAUCGUAUCUCCCAUCUUAUCCGAGCAGUGAAAGAGGCUGACUCGAAACAGAAGUCUCUAUGAUAAGCCAGAUUCAAAGCUAAUUCUGUUUAUUUUGCGAGAGCCAGUGA